GCGCCCGUCCCGUUCAGCGGCGGCCGCGCGCGCGGCGAGCCAGCGGACCAGCCGGUGUUCCUGUCGAGUGAGGAGCUCGAGAACAAGAAACGCAUCUACGCCGCCCAGCGCGAGGAGGAGGCGAGGAAGGCCCAGGUCGCACACGAGGCGUGGGACCAGGUGGCCCAGUUUGCGCAGCAGAAG